CUGAAUGAGAGAAAAUGAAGAGAAAGUCAGUGAAGGAGGGAGAAUCUGUCACUUUAGAUCCUGGUGUAAUAAAAAACCCAAAUUAUUUGAUGAAAUGGCUUUUUAAUGACGUUCACAUCGCUGAAAUCAAUGGAGAUCUUAGUUUUAUCUGUACAGAUGUUCAGUGUUUAUAUGCUGACGAGAGAUUCAGAGGCAGACUGAAGCUGAAUCAUAUGACUGGAUCUCUGACCAUCACAAACACCAGAAGUGAAGACUCUGGACUCUAUUAUCUGCUGAUAACCACCAUCCGGUUCAACAUCAUAAGGAGCUUCAUUGUUGAUGUCACUGGUGUUUACGGUGUUCAUACAGACAGUGUGUCCGUGAUGGAGGGAGAUUCAGUCAUUCUACACACUGAUGUUGAAACAAAUCAGCAAAAAGAGAUUAGAUGGUAUUUUUAUGAAAUCCGCAUCGCUCAAAUCACUGAAGAUCUCAGUUUUAUCUGCACAGAUGUUCAGUGUAAAUAUAGUGAUGAGAGAUUCAGAGACAGACUGAAGCUGAAUCAUCAGACUGGAUCUCUGACCAUCAUGAACAUCAGAACCACAGACUAUGGAGUCUAUCAUCUAGAGAUCAUCAGAGACAGUGGCAUCAGUCAUGACACCUUCAGUGUUGCUGUUCAUGGUGUUUCUGCCGCUGAACGAGAUGAAAUGAAGAUGAAGUCGGUGAAGGAGGGAGAAUCUGUCACUUUAGAGUUUGAUGUAAUAAACAACCUGAAUUAUCCGAUGAUGUGGUAUUUUAAUGACAUUUGCAUGACUGAAAUCACUAGAGAUCAGAAUGGAACCUGUACAGAUGUUCAGUGUAAUGAAGGUACUGAGAGAUUCAGAGACAGACUGAAGCUGGAUCAUCAGACUGGAUCUCUGACCAUCAUGAACAUCAUAUACACAGACCCUGGACUGUAUAAACUACAGAUCAUCAGCAGUAACAGCAUCAGUGAAAAGAUCUUUAGUGUCACUAUUCAUGAUGUUCCUGGCGUAGAGACAGAUAAAACAAAGGCCGAGUCAGUGAAGGAGGGAGAAACUGUCACUUUUGAUCCUGGUGUCAUAAACAACCCAAAUUAUUUGAUGAGAUGGUAUUUUAAUGACAUUCUCAUCACUGAAAUCACUGGAAAUCAGAGUAAGAUCUGUACAGAUGCUGAUGAGAGAUUCAGAGACAGACUGAAGCUUGAUCAUCAGACUGAAUCUCUGAUCAUCACAAACACCAGAACCACAGACUCUGGAGAUUAUCAUCUUGAGAUCGUCACCAACAGCAGCAGCAUUCGCCGUCAGUACAGCAUCAGAAUUAUCAGCGAACAGAGCCAUAGUGAGACUGUCACAAACUGGAUUGUGCUUGUACUUGGUAUAGCAGGAGCAUGUGUUGGUGUUCUGCUGGUGUUUGCAGGUGUAACUGGAGAGUGUUGUAGAAAACAUGCCUUGCAAAGGGUGUCCUGUAUCGCUUGCUAAAUCAUAAAACAACUGGC